GUUUGCUCGGGCUAAAGCGAAAACGCGGUUCAGCGGCUGCGUGCGAUGGCCUUGCUCCUUCCUGCGCCGAUUGAUGAUCCAAGAGCGGCGUUGUGCAAUGCCGCAGAGACGCCCAAGGCGGAGCCGGCCAUUUGUGAGCUCUUUGAUGAUCAACUGGCCGUGGUGAAGACAGUCAGGAACACUGACUGGCUGGAGCUGGUGGGGAAGCUCCGCACCGAGUGCUUCCGCACCUCCGUGACGCUGCCGCCCAAGGGCGCCGUGGGCAUGCGCCUCUUCGGGGAGACCCGUACCAGCUGUGCGGGGCUGGUCUGGGACCGGUCGCAGGUGGACCUCUCGGCAGCGUAUAUUUGGCCCUCCGGGUACAUGGCCAAAACGGAGUUCAACAUGAACCACAAGGGCGAGCUGGUGAACGGCCGAUCCUCCGCUCUGGUGACCAUCGAGCGCCUCAAGGAGUGUAACGCCAAGCGCCUGACGACCAACGCAGACACCGGCGAGCUGCAGGAGGUGCCGGAAGGUGCACCCAUGAGCUUCAACGAGAUCAACUGGCCCUGCCGCGGAGCCAAGGGCAUCGUGGGGGUCUUCGUGCGGUCCCCGGAGGUGCAGCACGUGCUGCACGGCCUAGGUGUCAUCGCCCUCUUGGAGCACGCGCUUGGCCUACAGCUGCCACUCGUGCUGCUGGACUCGGAGAACCCCGUGUGCCUCUUUGACACAUCCCUGCUGGAGGCUUACCUCCGCCAGGUGCCGAGCAGGCCUGCGGCCACGUGGCCAAUGGUGCUGGCGCCCCGGUUGCCUUUGUCCGUGGUGGACAUGGACUUCACAGAGAGGGAGAAGUUGCACAUGCACGCCAUGUUCGGCCUGACCCGGUCCAGUCUGCGCCAGCUCUUUAUGAAGCACGCAGACGACCCAGCUCGCUUCCACGAGCUCCUGGCCGAAGGGCUCCGGGAGUGCGUCCACCGCCGCAACGUGCCCUCUGCCCGCGAAAUCGUUCGGACGACCUCUCCGCUGAUGGUGGCAUUCAGCCCGGACGAGGGAAAGUACGACCAGAACCUCUUAAACGAGGUCCUGGCCUUGUGCGAGGGGCUGACGGAGAACGACGAGGACCUGAUGGUGGUGCUCGGGGCAGAGGUGAUGCUCACAGAGUUCCGCUCCGGGCAGACCCAGAGCCGCAUCGACACAGCGGUGCAGCAGCUGGGGGAGUGGCUGCGGAAGGUGAACUCUCAGUGCACCGUCUGCGAUGUUUUAAGCUGGGUCGAGACGUGGAAACAGGAGCGACAGUCACGAAUGUCGUCCUUCAUCAGCGGCAAGGCUGUGGCGAACCGCAGCGACUUCUUGAGGCAUUUGAAGAAACUCAGGGACGCCACCGAUGGGGAGUCCUACAUCCGUGAGCUCUACGAAGUGGUACAUGCGCUCCGCUCUCCUUGCCUUCGAUUCCGAAUGCUGCGCCAAGUGGUUGGCUUGGACGAGCGCUUCUCCCGGAACGUACUCCACGCCAUCGUGUGCCUGGUGUACGACAUCUUUGUGCCACGCGCCGUGUCUGCCUUCGAAGUGGACGAGGCCAUCGGCCUUGAGGCCGCGGAGGACUCCGGCUCCUUGCUGCGGAGGCCCUCCCGAGAGAUUUUGGGUGUGGAGACCCCUGAGAACUUCUCCUCGGACCCUUUGGGCGUGGAGACGCGGCUCUUCCGCGCACAGUACCGCCAGAACCGCAGCCGGAAAUUCUCCUGAGGCAGUCCAUGCCUGGAGAGCUGCGAAGAAAUUGCCGGGAGAACGGCUCUGGGGAAACCGAGUUGGCGAGAACCGUGCACGAAGCGUCAGCAACCCAAGAACAAACACAGC